AUGUCUCAAAGGAAGAUGCUGCAAUUAUCAGCAGGAGCUGUGUUUCUGCUCCUAUCCUGUUUUGGUGACAUGGUCUUUGGAGAGAUUAGCAACAGCUUCUCCAAGUGCCACCGUUUCUUUUAUAAAGGAACUCCUCCGACAGGUAUCAGUGCAGCAGGAUACCAGCCAAUAUGCCAGCGCUACAAAAACCAGUACCACUUUGCCAGUUUGUAUCACCGUCAGCAUCGUGCACCUUUGUACUCUGCGUACAUACUCAGUCCUGCAGAUGGCAAACGGCCCAUUUCAUCAUGGAAGUAUGAACCACAGUUGGCAUUUUCCCGUGCCAGCCCAGAGAUGCAACAGUUCCAUUACCCCGUGGACCAGAACGUGAUUGAGAGCCAGGCGGUGCUUGACGACUACAAGAACUCCAAGUUCACCAAGGGCCAUCUCAACCCCAGCUUACACCAGAAGACAAAAGAGGACCGAGAGGCCACCUUCACCCUGACAAACAUUGUCCCUCAGCAGAAAGGCUCCAACUCAGGCCCCUGGAGUCAUCUGGAGAAUGAGGUGUUGAGAAAAUUCAAGGCCUUCUGCAACGGGUCCAUGUAUGUGAUCACCGGAGCCAUGCCUUAUGAGUCUGGGCCCCGCUGGAUCAAUAACAGGGUGUCUGUUCCCGAGUAUAUGUGGUCUGCCUACUGCUGCCCAUCCUACAGAUCUGACCUCCCUGAGUCUGUGAGGCUCUUUUUCCCCACAUACGCUGUAGUGGGAAGAAAUGACCGCAACAGUGGAGAGGAGAUUGUGCCGGUUGAUGUCAAGGCGAAGGCCUCAGUGAGGGGCUAUGAUGUGAGGCGGAUGUCUUUAGAGACCCUGGAGGGCAUUUUGCAAACAAGGCUGAAAAUGCCAAUCAGUCUGUUUAAAGGGCAGUGUGGGUGA